AAUAUAUGAUAGAGUCACAUGAAAUUUACAACUAAUGACAACGACUUAAACCAACCCACAAGGACAAAGUAAUUAAUGCAAUUAUAAGAAAAGACUUACUUGACUUAAAUGCAUGGAAGAGUAUCCACUAGGCCCUAUUAAUUCAUUUUCAAUCACAGCUUAGACCUGUAAUUCUUCCACAAAUAUUUUUCAUAGUUUCUCCAUGGAAGAGUUUUAGCCUUUGUUCAAUAUGAUGAAACCAUGGUUCUAUCUUUCUUUUUUAAUGUUCUUCUUUUCUUUAAACUCAUAUCCUUCCCUUGCAGCUAUAACUACAAUCUCUGCAAACCAAUCUAUCUCUGGUGAUCAAACUCUUAUCUCUAAAGGAGGAAUCUUUGAACUUGGUUUCUUCAAACCAGGUAAUUCUUCUAACUACUAUAUAGGCAUAUGGUACAAAAAAAUCAUUCAGCAAACAAUUGUUUGGGUGGCCAACAGAGACAAUCCUGUCUCUGACAAAAACACUGCAAUCUUAGAAAUUUCAGCUGGUAAUUUAGUUCUAUUAAAUGAGUUUUCAAAACAAGUUUGGUCCACAAACACGAGUUUUCCUAAAUCAGAUACUGUCGUAGCUGUCCUCCUAGAUACCGGCAAUCUGGUUUUAAGAAAUAGGCCUAAUGAUGAGGUAUCGAAGCCUCUAUGGCAGAGUUUUGAUCAUCCAACAGAUACUUGGCUUCCUGGUGGAAAAAUUAAGCUAGACACUAAAACAAAGAAGCCUCAGUAUCUUACUUCAUGGAAGAAUAAGAAAGAUCCUGCAACAGGUCUUUUCUCUUUGGAAUUAGACCCGAAAGGAACAACUUCAUAUCUUAUUCUUUGGAAUAAGUCUGAACAGUAUUGGACAAGUGGACCUUGGAAUGGACAUAUUUUCAGUUUGGUUCCUGAGAUGAGGUCAAAUUAUAUCUACGAUUUUUCGUUUGUGUCGAACGAGAAUGAAAGCUACUUCACUUAUUCUUUGUAUAACCCUUCCAUUAUAUCGCGGUUUGUGAUGGAUAUCUCAGGGCAGAUUAAGCAAUUGUCAUGGUUGGAAGGUAUCAAUGAGUGGAACCUGUUUUGGUCGCAGCCAAGAACACAGUGUGAGGUUUAUGCUUUCUGUGGUGCGUUUGGGAGCUGUACUGAGAACUCGAAGCCGUAUUGUAAUUGUUUGAGUGGUUUUGAGCCAAAGUCGCAAUCUGAUUGGGAUCUGGAGGAUCACUCAGGUGGGUGUAAGAGAAAAACAACGUUGCAAUGCGAGAGUUCUGAUCACUCUAACAGAGUAAAGGACAGGUUCCGUGCAAUCCCCAACAUGGCAUUGCCUAAACAUGCAAAAUCUGUGAAUUCAGGGAAUGCAGUAGAAUGUGAAUCAAUGUGCUUGAAAAACUGCUCUUGUUCUGCUUAUUCGUAUGAUGGUAAUGAGUGUUCAAUUUGGGUUGAAGACCUACUGAAUCUGCAACAAUUUCCUUCGGAUGACAGUAGCGGAAAAACAUUGUAUCUAAAACUUGCAGCAUCAGAAUUCAGUGAUGCUAAAAACAAAAAUGGGGUGAUUAUCGGUGUUGUAGCUGGUGCGGUUGUUGGGAUAGGGAUUCUCUUGGCCCUUCUUCUGUUUGUCAUACUUAGGCGAAGAAAGCGAACAGUUGGAACAGGUAAGCCCGUGGAGGGUUCAUUGGUGGCAUUUGGGUACAGAGAUAUGCAAAAUGCAACUAAGAAUUUUUCUGAGAAGUUGGGAGGAGGAGGAUUUGGUUCUGUUUUCAAAGGAACAUUGGCUGAUUCGAGUGUGGUGGCAGUGAAGAAGUUGGAAAGUGUUAGCCAAGGAGAGAAGCAGUUCAGAACAGAAGUGAGUACAAUAGGGACAGUGCAACAUGUUAAUCUUGUUCGGCUCCGUGGAUUCUGUUCAGAAGGUACUAAAAGGAUGCUGGUUUAUGAUUACAUGCCAAACGGUUCCUUGGAUUUCCAUUUGUUCAUGAAAAAGGAUUCUUCUAAGGUAUUGGACUGGAAAAUGAGAUACCAAAUUGCUCUUGGAAUUGCAAGGGGAUUAACUUACCUCCACGAGAAGUGCCGAGACUGUAUCAUACACUGUGAUGUAAAGCCUGAAAAUAUUCUCCUAGACUCCGAUUUUGUUCCGAAAGUUGCAGACUUUGGACUAGCUAAGCUAGUCGGGCGAGAUUUCAGCAGGGUCCUAACAACCAUGAGAGGAACAAGAGGCUAUCUUGCUCCAGAGUGGAUUUCUGGGGUGGCUAUUACAGCCAAAGCCGAUGUUUACAGCUAUGGAAUGAUGCUUUUCGAGGUUGUAUCGGGUAGGAGGAACUCUGAUCCAUCAGAAGAUGGCCAAGUUACUUUCUUUCCUACCGUAGCUGCAAAAGUAGUUAUUGAAGGUGGCAGUGCGAUCACCCUUUUGGACCCUAGAUUGGAUGGAAAUGGCGACGUUGAAGAGGUUGCACGGAUAAUUAAAGUCGCUUCUUGGUGUGUCCAAGACAAUGAAACUGAAAGGCCAACAAUGGGUCAGGUAGUUCAAAUUCUUGAGGGGAUUUUGGAGGUGAAUUUGCCUCCGAUUCCAAGAUCCCUUCAAAUGUUUGUUGACAACCAUGAUGAGAACAUGAUUUUCUACACUGACUCUAGCUCAACACAAAGUUCACAGGUAAAGAGUAACAUCUCAACAACUUCUCAGGCCAAAAGUAACAUCUCAUCAGCUAGCUCUAAGUCCUCAGCAGAAAAUUAGGGAGACCAAUUUAGUUGUCUCUAUUGUAAUCUGUUACUAAUGAAAAAAAAUGUCAUCCUUUGACUUUAACAAAUGUAAUUGUAAUAUAUGGUUUGAAUAAAUUGACUCUUUCCAAAUUAGGUCCCUGUUUGGAUAAGCUAUUCAAUUAUGUGCUUAUGCUAUAAUUUAUAGACAUUUACAUGUAAUGUAAUAUUUUUAGUUAACCAUAAUUGUUUGAUCA